AUGCUGAGCGCUGGGCAACCCGCGCUCUGGCGGGGAGGGGAAGGCGCAGAACCGAGGGGGGAGGGUCCUCAGGCCCUCCCCACUGUACCGCUUGGUGUUUCUCUAGAAACGAGCCACCAGGCUCUCCAGAACAUGCCCAGAGUCCUCCGGGAAGUGGAAGUCUUGAAACAGGAGGCGACGUUCCUGAAGGAGCAAAUGAUCCUUGUUAAAGAAGAUAUCAAGAAAUUUGAAGAAGACACAGCUCAGUCAAUGCAGGUCCUGGUAGAGAUUGACCGAGUGAAAUCUAGAAUGCAGUUGGCUGCCGAGUCGCUUCAGGAAGCAGACAAAUGGAGCACGUUAAGUGCAGACAUUGAAGAGACUCUUAAAACACAGGAUGUGUCUGUGAUUUCGGCCAAACUAACCAGCAUGCAGAGCAGCCUGGCUAUGCUCGUGGACACGCCGGACUACUCCGAGAAGUGUGUGCACCUCGAGGCGCUGAAGAACCGCCUGGAGGCCAUGGCCAGCCCUCAGAUUGUUGCUGCUUUUAACUCCCAGUCUGUAGAUCAGGCAAAAACGUUUGUUAAAGUCUUCACCGAAAUUGAUCGGAUGCCCCAGCUUCUCGCUUAUUAUUAUAAAUGUCACAAGGUGCAGCUGGUGGCAGUGUGGCAGGAUCUUUGCCAGAGUGACCUGAGCUUAAACCGCCAGCUGACUGAGCUGUAUGACACGCUGCUCGGGACCUGGCACUCGCAGCUGCAGUGGGCGACACAGGUUUUCAAGAACCCCUAUGAAAUUGUGACUGUGCUGUUGAUCCAAACCCUGGGAGCGCUGGUGCCUUCCAUCCCUGUCUGCCUCGGCACUGCCCUGGAGAGAACGGGCCAAGAGACCAAACUGACCAAGCUGCUGGAGCUCUACGAUGCCACCGUCCACUUCGCCAAGGGGCUGGAAGUAGCAAUGCUGCCAAACCUGAAGGAGCAGAACCUGGUAAAAGUGAUGGAGCUGGUGGAAGCAGUGUAUGGUCCGUACAAGCCCUAUCAGCUGCAGUAUGGAGACCUGGAAGAAGAAAAUCUCCUCAUUCAGAUCAGUGCCGUGCCCUUGGAGCACUGGGAAGUAAUCGACUGUGUCCAGGAACUGAACCAUUCCGUCAACAAACUCUUCAUCCUGGCCUCUGGAGCCAUCGACAGCUGCGUUAAACUCACGGACGGGCUGGGCGUCGGUGGGCUCCUCAAGGCCCUGAAGGCUCUGUUCACAAAGUAUACAUCUGACUUUACAAAUACUUUGCAGUCUAUACGAAAGAAAUGUAAACUGGAUGAUGUCCUAUCAGAUUCCCUUUUCCAGGAGGACUGGACUGCAUUCCAAAACUCUGUCCGGAUAAUCACAACCUGCGGUGAGCUCCUUCGUCAGUGCGGAGACUUUGAGCAGCAGCUGGCCAACAGGAUUUUAUCAACUGCUGGGAAGUAUCUCUCGGACUCCUACAGCCCUUGUAGUUUUUCUGGCUUUCAGGAUAGCAGUUCUGCAGAAAAGAAGAGCUCUGUAAAGAAUCCCUGGCAGGAAUACAAUUAUCUUCUGAAGGAGAAUCCAUCCGAGUAUGCCAGCCUUAUGGAAACGCUUUACACUCUGAAGGAAAAAGGUACGAGUAACCACAACCUGCUGUCUUCAUCACGCUCUGCCCUCAGCCGCCUCAACCAGCUGGCACACCACUUGGCUUUUGAUUCUGUUUUUCUUCGGAUCAAACAACAACUCUUACUCGUUUCGAAGAUGGAGGGCUGGAAUUCUGGUGGCCUUGGUGAGACCCUGACAGAUGACCUGCCAAACUUCAGCCUGACUCCUCUGGAAUAUAUCAGCAAUAUUGGGCAAUAUAUUAUGUCGCUUCCUCUCCACCUUGAGCCGUUUGUCACUCAAGAGGAUUCUGCUUUGGAGCUGGCCUUGCAUGCUGGAAAACUGCCUUACCCCCCAGAACAAGGAGAUGAGUUACCUGAGCUGGACAACAUGGCUGACUACUGGCUGGGCUCCAUCGCCCGAGCCACGAUGCAGACCUACUGCGAGGUCAUCCUGCAGAUCCCGGAGCUCUCAGCCCACUCGGCCAAGCAGCUUGCCACCGACAUCGAUUAUCUCAUAAACGUGAUGGAUGCCCUCGGCCUUCAGCCAUCAAGAACACUGCAAAAUAUUGUAACUCUGUUGAAGGCAAAGCCAGAGGACUACCGCCAAGCUGCCAAAAGCGUGCCGCGCCGGCUGGCCAGCAGCAUCGCUGCCAUGAGGGGCCUGGAGGGUUAGCUGUGACAGCCCUGCUGCCCCACGGCCUCGGGGCCGGAGCUCUGCACCCCGCGUUUGCGGCACUAAAACUCGGCGAGGACACUGAAACUGUCCCUGGAGAUUAGGGGAAGUUAUUUCUGAAUAACUUUUAAUAAAUGCCUUUGUCUAGGAAAAGCUUGUUCCAUGGUUCCAUCCUUAGAGGAAAGAUGUCCUACAGCCAGGUUUACAGAAAGCAUCUGGAUGACCUUGAGUAGGCUGGGCACUGCUGGCUUCUGACUAGAAACGGUCUGCCGGCUGCGGGAGAGUUCAUGCUUCAUGGCGGUAAGAUGACUGGCUUUUUCAGAAAACUUAAUCAAUUCUGAAUCUAAAAUUACGGGGUAGGUGCAACAAAGAUGGGCUGAUUGGAAGCUUUUCUACCUGGAGGCAGUUGUCAUUGCUCAAGUCUGUCAUUAUUCGCACAGUCAGGAAGACAGUCUCAUCACUUAGAGGGUGAGGCAUGAUCAAGCUCAAGCCUGAGAAUAAAACCAGUUUUGUAGGCUGUUCCUUGUGCAAUUAAUGUAUUCCACUGAAAGCGAUGGAGUUUAUAAGAAAUUUAAUGAAAGCGUUGCUUUCUUGUAGAAUUUAUUAAAGCCUGGUGUAUAGAUCUUUG